AUGCUCGCGGUCAAUUCUCUACGCUUCGUCCUGUUUCCCAUCGAGCACGACGACAUCUGGCAGAUGUACAAGCAGGCUGAAGCAAGCUUCUGGACGGCCGAAGAGGUAGACUUGUGUCAUGACGUUCAGCACUGGGACACAAAGCUCAAUGACAAGGAGCGCCACUUCAUCAAGCACGUGCUGGCAUUUUUCGCAGCGUCCGACGGCAUCGUCAACGAGAAUUUAGCCCAGAACUUCGCGACGGAGGUGCAGUGGCCCGAGGCGCGCUGCUUCUACGGCUUCCAGAUCGCCAUCGAAAACAUCCACUCUGAGGUAUACAGCCUCCUGAUCGACACGUACAUCCGCGACGCCCAGAAGAAGCACGAGUGCCUGACGGCCAUCGACACCAUGCCGUGCGUGGCCGAGAAGGCCCAGUGGGCGCUGCGGUGGUGCGACCCUGAUCACGCGUCGUUCACCGAACGGUUGCUUGCAUUCGCCGCAGUCGAAGGCAUUUUCUUCUCGGGCAGCUUCUGCGCCGUCUUCUGGCUCAAGAAGCGGGGCCUCAUGCCCGGGCUCUCCUUCUCCAACGAGCUCAUCGCGCGGGACGAAGGGCUGCACUGCGACUUCGCGUGCCUGCUGUACUCGAAGCUCCGGAAGAAACUAUCUGACGUCCAAGUCGCCAGCAUCGUCGGCGCCGCGGUCGACAUCGAGAAGAGCUUUGUCGUGUCGGCGCUACCCGUCGAGCUCAUCGGCAUGAACUCCAAGUCGAUGUGCAAGUACAUCGAGUUCUGCGCCGACCGCCUCCUACUGGAGCUCGGCUACUCCACGCUCUACGGCGCGACCAACCCGUUCGAUUGGAUGGAGCUCAUCUCGCUCCAGGGCAAGACGAACUUCUUCGAGAAGCGCGUGGGCGAGUACGCCAAGGCGCGUGUGGACGUACGCGCGCAGCGGCUCGAGUUCCGUCUCGAUGAUGACUUUUAG